AUAAUUCCAUACGCCAUAAAGAGGUCGAGAGAAAAGAAGCUUAUUUUCCGCUUGUAGGAUUCCCGAAGCAUAUCGACGACGAUCGAGACAGAGCAAAGCGGGGGAAUUUCGGGCGAGAAGAGGAGGCAGAAGGGAAAAUAGGAGAUCCACAGGCCUGAUUUGGGGUUGUGUCCCGCUCUCGUCGCUGCGCCAUGGUUGGAAGCUUCGCAGAUGGCGCGUUGGGCGGGGUUCGGGGAGGGACCAGGCCUCUGCGCUGAAAGACCUUCCUUCUUUUCGUUCUCUCUCACUGCCUCCUCUUCUUCGAUCCGUGGGUCGGGAAUACGGACCGUGGCUGGUAUUGGCAUAUUUGAUCAUGAUGCGCAAUGGCUUUUCUAUAAUUGGAAAAUCUCCUCUGGCAGUUUGUGACAAUUAAAGUGAAUUGUCUUGAAGUUAAUUCUUAGUCUCGCAUCUAUUGACAGUCCAAGAAUAUCAUCUACUGGUCACUGUAUGGGAGAUUAUUUGUGCUGGUUGUCAAAUCCUCCUUAGUAGGGGGAUACAUUUUUAGAAUUUCUUCACUUUCUGGGCAAAUCUCAUUUGGCAAGUACUUAAUAUGCUUUGAGUUAACUUUUUCUCUCUUGGGAAAAUGUCUAUCGGGGUUAAGAUUUUCCAUCUUGGGCAAAUCUCCUUUGGCAUUUAGCAGUUUGCUUCACUCUGCUGGGCAAAUCUCCUUUGGCAUCUAGCAGUUUGCUUCACUCUGCUGGGCAAAUCUCCUUUGGCAUCUAGCAGUUUGCUUCACUCUGCUGGGCAAAUCUCCUUUGGCAUCUAGCAGUUUUCCACUCUGCUGGGCAAAUCUCCUUUGGCAUUUAGUAGUUUUCUUCACCUGCUGGGCAAAUCUCCUUUGGCAUUUACUGGCUUUCUUCAGCUGCUGGGCAAAUCUCCUUUGGCAUUUUAUAGUCAAUAUCAGCUCCAUUUAGUAAACUCAGCUCAGCUGGGCAAAUCUCCUUUUGGCAGUGAUAGAAUCAGUUGCUGUUUUCUGGAUAGUAUGUCAGCGGAUUUCAGCACAUCAGGGGUUACAUCUGGCAGUUGCAAUGUUUGUUCGGUCAGGAAGCAAUCUGUUUCCAUCAGUCGUCAGGGUUGACUAUAGAAUAGAUAAAUUAACUUGGAGUCCCAUUUUUGUGCAUGGUUGUCUUAUUCAACAAAUGAUGUCUUGGGUGUAGAUGGGAGAGUUUCUUGUUAGGGUAAUAUCUUUCCUAUCUUGAUGAUAAGGUAAUUAGAUGAUGGAUGCACUGUUUGUUGAUUCAGAUAGUGAUUCCUACUCUGAAUUUAGUGAUAGUGAGAAUCAAGACUGCAAUGAAUCUUUAUUUGGCGGGCAUGCUCAAAGUAUCUUGUCAGGUCUGGAUGAGAGCAUAGGAAAAAUUGAUGACUUCCUUGCAUUUGAGAGACACUUUGCUCUCGGCGACUUCGUCUGCUCCAUUACAGAUCCUUCAGGACAGUUGGGAAGGGUGGUGGAUGUUGAUCUGAUUGUAGACUUGGAAACAACCUCUGGUGGACUCGUAAAAGAUGUAAACAGCAAGAAACUUCUUAGGUUGAGAUCCUUUGCCUCUGGGGACUUUGUAGUUUAUGGGCCAUGGCUUGGAAGGAUUGAAAAAACAUUUGAUGCAGUUACCAUUCUAUUUAAUAAUGGGGCUAAGUUUGAAAUAUUGAUCAGAGACUCAAAAGACCUAACUCUGCUAUAUCCAAGCUUUGAAGAUGCAUCAUUUCCUCUCCAUCCAGGCCAGCGGGUGAAAAUUAAUCUUCCGACUAUUUCCCAGUCCAAAACAUGGUUUUGCGGCUCACUCAAGGCAAGUCAAGAUGAAGGUAUUAUCUGCCAUGUGGAGGUAGGAUUAGUGUAUGUUAGUUGGGUUGCUUCAGUUGUGGGUCAGAGCAUCCAUUCAUCAACUCCACCUCAUUUCCAAGAUCCAAAGAACCUUACUUUGUUGUCAUGUUUUUCACAUGCUAAUUGGCAACUUGGUGAUCGGUGUACACUUCCAGUAGAUUACCAUAAUGUGACCGCAGAAAAUUCAGGAACUCUGAGUUCUCCAAAGUGCUUUACAAACAUGCAGAAAGAAUUGGAUAUGGAAACUCUACAGAUGUAUGUGAUUGCAAAGACCAGGAGCAAGGUUGAUGUUCUGUGGCAAAAUGGUGAAAGGUCAGUUGGUGUGUGUACUCAAUCCUUGUCUCCAGUGAGCAACAUUGGUGAUCAUGAUUUUUGGCCAGGACAGUUUGUGCUAGAGAAAGUAACAACAGAAGAAGUACAUGUUCCACAACCACAAGGGCUGGGAAUUGUGAAAAAUGUGGAUUCACACGAACAGAUUGUGAAGGUGAAAUGGAUGCUUCCUGAGCUUAACAAGAAUGUUGAUUUUAGUGGUGAUUUUACUGAAUUUACUGAAGAGACAGUGAGUGCUUAUGAACUGAUUGAGCAUCCAGAUUUCACCUAUUGCAUUGGUGAUGCCGUGCUUAGGCAAAUUCCUUGUGUUCAGAAGGUGGGAGAAAAUAUUCUUGAUGUGCAAAAUAUUAGUUGGAAAGAAAGACAUAAUUUGCCUGUUGCAGUAGAUGGAUUAUUUUGUGGAAUUGGUUCUCUCAAGAAGCCUAUUGAUGAAUGCAAUCAUGAGGAUCUACAGGGUUACCUAUCAUGCAUUGGGAAUGUUAUUGGUUAUAAGGAUGAAGGUAUUGAAGUUAAAUGGGCCAAUGGUGUGAUAUCCAAGGUUAUGCCUUUUGAAAUAGUUGGACCGGACAGGCUUCUUCAUCCUGCCUUGACACCAUCGGCUACCAUGGAGUCUUUUCCUCCAAAUGUUGACAAAGACUUAACUGAUCAGGAGAAACAAUCAUGGAAUAUGAGGCAAAAGAAAUCUACGGAUGAUUCUGGUGGAUUUUGCAUGAAAGAUGUCUGGAAGGCCGCAUCUGCUUUGUUUCCUGGGGCAGCUUUUGGGUUCCUUACACAUGUUGCUACAAGCCUUUUCUGUUCUCGUGGUUCAACUUCUUUGCCUGAUCCAGAGUUUUCCCAGUAUAGGAAUUUGAAGAUGGAAGAAUAUAUAUCGGAACCAACUGAUUUACAGCCUGAAAAUUUGAAGCAGCAGAUUGAGGAGACGAAACAAAGUGGUGGGAUGACAUUUUCACCUGGCAGUGAUGAACCUAGAAAGUUCAAGCAAUUUGAUAUUGUAAAUGAUCAUACAGACCAUCAUUUUGUGAAUGGCAUUGGCAAUGAAUUGAUGUUGUCCCAUUAUCCUCAGGUAAAAAAGGGUUGGUUUAAGAGAGUACAACAAGAAUGGAGCUUCUUAAAAAAUGAUCUUCCAGACACAAUCUAUGUCAGAGUCUAUGAGGAGAGAAUGGAUCUACUGAGGGCAUCAAUGAUAGGAGCACCUGGAACUCCCUACCAUGAUGGUCUAUUCUUCUUUGAUAUCUUUCUUCCCUUUGACUAUCCUCAUGAACCCCCUGUUGUUCACUACAUCUCUGGGGGGCUUCGACUAAACCCAAACUUGUACGAGUCAGGGAAGGUUUGUCUCAGCCUACUAAAGACAUGGAUGGGAAGUGGCAGCGAAGUAUGGGAUCCAGAAAACUCGACAAUUCUUCAAGUGUUGCUAUCACUUCAGGCCCUUGUUCUUAAUGAGAAGCCGUAUUUUAAUGAGGCGGGAUAUGAUGAACAGAUUGGAAGAGUCGAGGCUGAGAAGAACUCGAUCACGUACAAUGAGAAUGCUUUUCUACAGUCGUGCAAGUCGAUGCUAUACAUCUUACGUAGACCACCGAAGCACUUUGAGGCACUUGUUGAGGAGCAUUUUACUCAUAGGUCACAUCAUAUUCUCAGUGCUUGUAAGGCAUAUUUGGAUGGCGCUCAGGUUGGGCAUGCUGAUGCAUGCAGAGAAGCAGCCGACAAAUGUCACAACAGUUGUUCUACUGGGUUUAAGAUCAUGCUUGCUAAACUUCUCCCAAAGCUUGUGUCAGCCUUUACAGAAAGAGGGAUCGAUUGCACCCAGUUUCUGGACGUCCUGAAUUAAAUUGCCUAAUGCAGAUAAGAUCACGUAUUUGGUGAGGUCUGAAAGUAAAAAAAAAAGAAGGUUGUUGGGUAUCUUAGCUACCAUGCUUAGAAAUAUAAGAUGUCUAAUAAAACUAGCUGUGAGCUAGAGCAACUGCUUGUAUUUAGCAAGUGAAGCCAGAACCCCUAGCUAGUCUGGAGGAGUGUGUCGGUUUGAAGCUAUUGAUGUUUGUAGUUUUGGGUCGCUUGCUAGUUAUUAUAUGGAUGAGGAGAUGUGUAAUAAGCUAGCUGUGAGCUACAGCUACUGUUUGUAUAUAGCAAGUGAAUGCGUGUGCCGGUUUGUAGCUAUUGAAGUUUGUAAUUGAUGAUUAUUUACUAGUUAUUGUAUGGAAGCCAUGAUCUUUUACAUUUA